AUGUUGUUCACUCUAGCAGCACUGUGCUUCCUCAUGGUGAGCGUCGGAGCCGACGAAUGCCGGUGCAUUACAGGAGAUGAAAAAACAAGUUGCAAAACCCAGAUAUGGCAGAUAAUGCGUAAACUUCGCAAAAAUCUGGAAUGGGAUGAAGAGAUCACUCAGCUAGCUAAGAGUGAUCCACUUAGGGCACCAGAAUAUGAACAGGCGUUAUUCUGGGGAGACUUUGAAAAGGACGAUAGACGAACAAUGGAGCAGAAAGUAAACGCAACCAUUUACAAAAACAUCGACUAUGUGAAAAGAGCGAUUGGUGAAUUGAAAAGUGAAAGCGCUAACUUUGGGUGCCACUGCAAUUACUAUAGUGGAGACGAAAGGGACGACAUGGACAUCAAUUGCUUCUUCCAAUGA